UAUAUAUCUCUAAGCUUUCGUACGCUCACCCUCUCCUCACCAUCAUCACCGUCAUCACCAUCCCCUUAAUAAACAACACAAGAAGAAGAAGAAGAAGAAGAAGAAGGAGACCCAUUGCCCUCAACCCUUACAGACUUUCCUUUAUAAUUCAGGUCUUCGAUUUCCAUCGAAGGCCGAUUAAACAACAGGAACAACAACAGCUACAGCACCUUAGGAGUGGUAAAAUAUAAUUGGAUUUCUGUGAAAGGUUGAAUUAUAAAUGGAAAGUCGUGGCCAAAAGCGGUCUGAGAUUGAUGAUGAAUUGCCGGCUGAUAAGAGGGCCUGUAGUUCUUUGGAGUUUAGACCGAGUACAUCCAGCUCGUCUCAAACCCCUAUCAAUUCUGUGAGCUCCACACCCGAACGUAAUGAUCAGAACAAUCAUGAUCAUGCUGAUCAGAUGGAUACUGAAUCCGAAGGAGGAGAGCCUGAGAAGGAUUCGGCGUAUGAUUCUUGUGAUGAAGAUGAGGAAGAUCAAAGACACAGUGAUCUUAGGGACUAUCAGAGGCGGAGAGCAUCCGGUGAUCAUGGAAAGUUUCAGACCAUAAUAUCAUCUCUGAGUGAAGAAGUCGAUCUUUCUCAGCACCUGGUUAUGCUCACCGAGUUAUGCGAAGUGUUAUCUUUUUGUACAGAGGAUUCACUGUCAGGUGAUACAUCGAACUCGCUGUCACCGAUUCUUGUUAAGCUGGCAAGGGAUGAGACUAGCGCGGACAUCAUGCUAUUGGCUAUAAGGGCAAUGACUUAUUUAUGUGAUGUAUAUCCGAAAUCAUCGGUGUACUUGGUCCGACAUGAUGCAGUGUCUGCUCUUUGCCAAAGACUUUUGGCUAUUGAGUAUUUGGAUGUAGCUGAGCAAUGUCUACAAGCGUUGGAGAAGUUGUCACGGGAGCAACCACUUGCAUGCUUACAGGCUGGAGCAAUAAUGGCUGUUCUGAAUUAUAUAGACUUCUUCUCUACAAGUAUACAGAGAGUUGCCCUUUCUACUGUGGUGAACAUUUGUAAGAAACUUCCUUCUGAAGGUCCUUCACCUUUCAUGGAUGCUGUUCCUACAUUGUGCAACCUUCUUCAAUAUGAGGAUCCACAGCUUGUCGAAAAUGUUGCUAUUUGCUUGAUUAGAAUUACAGAGCGAGUGAGUCAGUCUUCUGAGAUGCUGGAUGAACUUUGUAAGCAUGGGCUGAUUCGUCAAGCCACACAUUUUAUGAGCUUAAAUAGCCGAACUACUCUGUCCCAACCAAUUCAUAAUGGUUUGAUAGGGCUACUUGUCAAACUUUCUUCCGGUUCAGUUUUAGCCUUCAGAACUCUAUAUGAGCUUAAUAUAAGCAGCAUAUUAAAGGAUAUAUUAUCCACUUAUGACCUCUCACAUGGAAUGUCCUCUACUCAUGUUGUGGAUGGGCAUUGCUAUCAGGUAUAUGAAGUUCUGAAGUUACUAAAUGAGCUUCUCCCAACUUCAGCCGGAGAUCAAGAUGCUCCACAGUUGUCAGAGAAGGAAUCUUUUUUAAUAAAUCAGCCUGAACUUCUGGAGAACUUUGGGAGGGAUAUACUUCCGUCGCUGAUACAGGUUGUAAAUUCCGGUGCCAAUUUAUAUAUUUGCUAUGGAUGCUUGUCAGUCAUCAACAAGUUAAUUUAUUUGAGCACAUCUGACAUGCUCGUUGAACUGCUUAAGAAUGCCAACAUUUCAAGUUUUCUGGCUGGAGUCUUUACUCGAAAGGAUCCUCAUGUGUUGGUAUCAACCCUACGGAUUGCUGAGUUAAUCCUGCAAAAGUUCUCUGAUAAUUUCUUGGACUCAUUUAUUAAAGAAGGUGUCUUUUUUGCCAUUGAUGCUUUGCUAACCCCAGAAAAAAGCUCACUAGUAACACUGAACAAAUGUUCGAAGCUGGUGUUUCCAGUGUCUAGUGGAACAAGGCUGCUGUCUGACUCUAGUCAGAAGUCUGCUUCAAAAGAGGUCCUGAGAUGCUUAUGUUAUGCUUUUCCUAGCAGUUCCCCAUCAGGGUCAGAAAAAGGAAGUUGCAUGCUUGAAAAGGAUUCUGUUUAUAGUCUUGCAAAGCAUGUUAGAACCAAGUACUUUGCUCCAGAAUUAUGUGACCCUGAUAAAUCAUUAACUGAUGUUCUUCAGAAGCUUAGAACUUUUUCUGCUUCAUUAAGUGAUUUGAUGAACAUGUCCUUGGAUACUUGUGCUCCUAAUCAGCAUGAAGAGAGCUUCUAUGGUAUAAUGCAUCAAGUAAUGGAAAAGCUUGGUGGAAGAGAACCCAUUUCCACUUUUGAAUUGAUUGAAAGUGGAAUUCUGAAGUCCUUGAUGACUUACCUGUCCAAUGACCGGUAUUUGAGACAGAAGGGUGAUCUUGUAGCUGCUAAAGGUGAUAUCUAUGCUGUAGAAAAAAGAUUUGAGGUGUUCGCAAGGCUAUUAUUUUCUUCACCAGAUCUGUUCUCUGGUGACCUGCCCAUUGUAACAUUGAUACGGAGAUUACAAAGCUCACUAUGUACUUUGGAAAAUUUCCCCGUUAUCUUGAGCCAUAUACCCAAGCAGAGGAACUCAUAUGCUACAGUUCCAUAUGAGCGAUACACUGCAUAUCCAUGUAUGAGAGCUCGUUUUGUUAGAGACAAGGAAGAGACUACCCUUGGUGAUUGCUGUGAAGAUGUUUUGACCGUUGACCCUUUUUCUUCAUUGGAUGCCAUUGAAGGAUAUGUGUGGCCUAAAGUCAAUGCAAAAGGAACCAGCCGUAUCCAAUCAGCUACAAUUGAGGGUCAAUCAGAAUGCACACCAUCAAAUGCCAGCUCUAGUCAAGGAGGGUGUCCAAAUACUGGUGAGCCUGAGAGCAUGUCCGCAGACUUGCCUGAGUUGAAGGCAGAUGAGGUCAAUUUAACACAGCCGGAACCUGAACAAGAACCAAGUUUUGGACAGACAAAUCCUGGAACAUCUUUAGAUGAAACUUAUACUGAUACUGUGGAGAAGGAAGUAGAAGCUCAAUCUGAGGAAGACACACAGAUGGAAGAACAGUGUCCUUUAUCUUGUAGCAAUGAAGAUGCUUCACCGAAAUUGUUGUUUUACCUUGAAGGGAAACAGCUGGAACGGUCAUUGACAUUGUAUCAGGCAAUUCUUCAACAACAAAUGAAAGAACAUGAAAUUGUCAUUGGUUCAAAACUGUGGAGUAAAGUAUACACACUGACAUAUAGAAAAGCUGUAGGUCAAGAAGGUGCUCAUAAUGAAGGUGUUGACUCGGCAGAGAGUUCCACUGUAUCAGAUAAAGUUGGGGUGUAUACGUUGUAUACUUCACUUUUCUCCAACAUGUUUCCUUGUGAGCUUGCUUCUGACUUGGAGAAGUCGAAUCCUACCUAUGACAUUGUAUAUCUGCUCAAAAGCUUGGAAAGUAUGAACAAGUUUAUUUUUCAUCUGAUGUCUCGUCAAAGAAUAUGUGCUUUUGCUGAAGGGAAAAUCAAUGACUUGGAUGCAUUUCAGAUAGCAGUUACACCAGUGCCACAGAAUGAGUUUUUGAGCAGUAAACUGACCGAAAAACUAGAACAGCAGAUGCGGGAUGGUUUGGCUGUGUCCGUUGGUGGUAUGCCCCUGUGGUGUAAUCAAUUAAUGGCAUCGUGUCCUUUUUUGUUUAGUUUUGAGGUCAAAUGCAAGUAUUUCCGCUUGGCAGCCUUUGUUCCACUACUAGGUCAGCCUCCUUCACCGUCUCACAGUGAUUCAGGUAUGACGAGUGACAGGCGACAAAGCUCUGGUGGCUUACCUCGACAAAAGUUUUUAGUUUUCCGCAACCGCAUUCUGGAUUCUGCUGCCCAAAUGAUGGAGCUGCAUGCCUGUCAGAAGGUACUUCUUGAGGUGGAAUAUGAUGAAGAAGUUGGUACUGGUCUUGGUCCAACAUUGGAGUUUUAUACCCUGGUUAGUCAUGAGUUUCAGAAAUAUGGCCUGGGCAUGUGGAGAGAGGAUGGUGGAUCUUUUACCUCUGGUACAAACCAUGCUGAGGAUACUGGAAUUUUGAUAAGUCCUUGUGGUCUCUUUCCUCGUCCGUGGUCAUCUACUAUGGAUGCAUCAGAUGGGACACAGUUCAGUGAAGUAAUCAAGAAGUUUGCGCUUUUGGGGAAAAUUGUAGGGAAAGCGCUUCAGGAUGGGAGGGUCUUGGACCUGCAUUUCUCCAAAGCCUUUUAUAAACUAAUUCUUGGACAGGACCUUGGUCUGUAUGACAUCCAGUCAUUUGAUCCUGUGCUUGGAAGGACACUACUAGAGUUCAAGGCUCUUGUGGAAAGGAAAAGGUUUUUGGAAUCUGUAAAUGGAGAAAAUACAACAUUUGAGUUUGACCCAUGCUUCAGGAAAACUAGAAUUGAGGAUCUUUGCCUUGAUUUUACACUUCCUGGGUAUCCUGAUUUUGUCCUUGCAUCCGGGUUUGAUCAUAAAAUGGUAAAUUCCACGAACUUGGAAGAUUAUGUUUCACUUAUGGCAGAUGCAACUAUAAAUUCUGGAAUUUCCAGACAAGUGGAAGCUUUCAAGUCUGGUUUUAACCAGGUGUUCCGUAUUGAGCAUCUUCAGAUUUUCACUGAAGAAGAACUAGAGCGUCUACUAUGUGGAGAACGUGAUUCUUGGGCUUUCAAUGAGCUCCUUGAUCAUAUCAAAUUCGACCAUGGUUACACUGCUAGCAGUCCUCCCAUUGUUAAUUUGCUGGAAAUCAUACACGAGUUUGACCAAGAACAGCGAAGAGCGUUUCUGCAAUUUGUGACUGGGGCACCUCGCUUACCUCCAGGAGGUUUUGCAUCCCUCAAUCCGAAGUUAACUAUUGUUCGAAAGCACUCUAGCAACUCGGCGGACUUGGACCUACCAAGUGUGAUGACUUGUGCAAACUAUCUUAAGCUGCCACCAUACUCUUCGAAAGAGAUGAUGAAGGAGAAGCUCGUGUAUGCCAUUAAAGAAGGGCAGGGAUCAUUCCACCUUUCAUAGAUCCAUCCAAGUGAUCCUUAACUGUGACUUUGUAUUUAGUAGAGUAGGUGGGUGGUCUCGCUGGUGUAGAGAAACGAAAGGGGGUGCUGGUGAUGGUUUUGAUUGAUGAUAGAAGGGGGAUGAUAGAGGAGGUCAUUAACAACAGGAAGCUUUUGUCUGACUGAUUGGUUGGAUGUGUAUAUUACUGGUGACCUAGGUAGUUGACUGGGGAGUUGUACAAAAAGAAGAUGGGGGAAUUCAGAUGGAUGGAUUGAGCUUUAAACAUUUCCUUACAAAGCUGUGUACAGUGUGCUCUUGAUCACUACAAAGUUAUCCAUUUUGGUGGAAUGAAAAAUAACUUUUACA